AGCGACUUUCCCCCCUGGCGGUAAAUUAUCAACACACACGAACACGAGCGGUGCUCCUUUCAAAAGCGUCUGCUGCAAUGGACAUCUCCGAGCUCAGUGAAGGGAAUAACUUUGAGGAAAGUGUUGCGAAGCAUAUCAAUGCGAUCAAAGGAGAUGGAAAGCAGCUGCCGUGCAUGGUGGAAAGUAUGGGACACAUUUUGACUCACAAAGAUCCCGACAUAAGAGGAACUGGAGUGAAGUUUAUGACCCGGGUGCUUCAAGGACUGCCCCAUAACACUCUUGGUGAAGAGCAAGCAACCACUCUGCUGCGUUAUUAUACUAGUAGGCUCGAGGACCAUCCUUCCAUGGUGACUUGGGCCAUUCAGGGCAUCUAUGAAUUGGUGGUGAGCCAAGGACCUCUGGAAAGCACCGAGAUUGAGCACCUUCUGCAAGUCAUCUUUUUUGACGUUCAGAUGCCAGGAUUACUCCAGGCUGAGCGCUACAUCAUCUACAGAAUGUUGAUGCACAUGUUGAUUAGCCAUGCCUCAGUGUUGAGGAAAAUGGGCAGCAAGUUUGUCCUUGGUUGCAUCCAAGCAAUGGAAGGGGAACGAGACCCCCGCUGCCUGCUACAAGUCUUUGCCAUUGUUCCCAUGUUGUGCAAUGAAUUCAUCUUGGGUGACCUGGAGGAGCCUUUGUUUGACGUCUGCUCGUGCUACUUUCCAGUGGACUUCAACCCUCCCGCCACUGACCCCGGCAGAAUCAGCCGCGAAGAGCUGGCUGAUUCAUUGCUCAACUGCCUCACAGCUUCGCCGGGGUUUGGGAAACACUGCGUCCCAUUGGCUGCUGAAAAGCUAGAGUCAGACUUGCUCACGGCCAAGCUGGAUUCUUUGAAACUCUUGAGCCGAGGAAGUCAAGUGUUCCCUCCCCAGUGCUUCAGAGACCACACUGUCACUAUCUGGAAGCAGAUUCAUAGCCUGGUGUUUGUGAACAGGCACGAUGCCAUCAUUCCUGCCGCCCUUACUUGCCUCACCAGCCUUGCCAGAGUCGUUUCCAGUGACCAGAAAGAUGCUACUUCGAUCAACAGACUUUUCAAGCUUGUUUGGAAAGAUCUCCAGCGUGGCGAGGCUCCUGGUAUGGGCAAGGUGCUAGAAGCCUUUGCAUGUGCUUCUGCAAGAGCCUGUCUUGCUGUGCUGAGUGAAACGUUACCAGAUCUACUUCAGCUGCUUUCCAGAAACGAGGGUUUGAGGCCGGUCCUUGUCAUGGAGAGCACCACUGCUCUCCUCUCGCUGUAUGCCUCCCUUUGCCACCAUGAAGAGACCAGCCGAGAGCUGAGCCUGAAGUUGAGCCUGCUGACAGACCAGCUGUGUGUCCUGGUCAACGAUGACAGCAACCCUGAACUUGCCCUCCGUGCAGCAGGCAGUCUGUGUGCCACUCUCGCCAUUCCAGGGCUUCUCACUGCCACCAAUCUGGACGUCAUCAGAUCCACCCUCGUGCGGGUGGCGACGCAAGAAUCUGCACCUCCUGUCGGUGCUGAGCACGGGGACCUCUUGGCUGCCGCUGUGAGGCUCAACUUGCCCCUUGCAGAUGAUGUGCUUUCUCUGUUGAAGGAAGAGAUCUGUCGAGGAUAUCAUCCCACAAAGACGGAACGGGUUCUCAGAAUGAGCACGGCAUGUGCGAGCAACACGUUGUCCCUCUCCUUCAUGCUUCCUAGCCUUACAGAGAGCUUUGUGAGCUCCAUUCGUGAUAAUAGAGCUCCCUAUCAGAAGCUGCUGGCCAAGUAUCUGUUGGAUGUCGUUUGCCGAGCGGAGAAAUGCGGAACGACUGUCCACCAUGCCGCUCUGCUGCGGAGUGUGGUUGCAACUUGGAUUGAGAGCCUUGGAUCAGAACAGCGAACUGCUGCCAUUGAGGAUUUCGUGGAGGCAUCAUUGUUGGUGCAGAAACUAGCUCAGAUGUGUAGUGCAAGUGACAUUCGAGAAAUCUAUUCCACUAUAUUGGAGACCUGCCUGAAAGCAAAUAUUCCAAGCCAGCCCCUUCUGUUGCUGGUCCAGUCUGUGAUCUGCCACAUGCCAAGGGAAGCAAUGUCAGCAGACGAACGUCUGGUGCAACUUCUCUCCGACGGCCGGCUCCACGAUUCCAGCCAUCUUGCUGGCAAAUGCCUCGCGGGACUCGUCAAUAAGCUGACUGCCGGGGACGUGGAGAAAGUGCUGCAAUGCCUGCAGUCCUCUUGGCAGCCACAGUGGACCCUUGCAAAAGCAGACCUGCUGCUGUGGGUCACAAAAGGGUUGCUGCUCAGAGGAUAUCCGGAUUUGGCAAAGUACACAAAUUUGCUUGAACAACUGCUGAGGGACGAGAAUGUUGGAAGGCAUACAGCAGAAGGCUUCGACGUGAUUUUACAGCCAGUUGUGCUGACAAGCGAAGGACACUGUGUACUACGGCUUUUGCAUCCACAGAGGUUCUUCGUUGAGACUGCACCAAUCCUCAUCCAGGGUUUCAAUAGUGCCACAAACAAAGCGGUGAAAGACAAUUUCCUGAUGGCUCUCUGCUGCCAAUUGAAGUAUGUUCCAAAGGUGGUUGUAAAGAGCUACAUCGAUAAGGUGCUUCCCAUUCUCGUGGAUGCCCUGAGCAGCGCUGAAGUGCUGGUGGUUGGUCAGUGUGUGCUGCCAUGCCUGACAGAAAAUGUGGCGCUUAUGGUGUCCUGCCUCAACAGCGUCGUAGGGCAACUGUUACGGCUGGCCAAGCCACCCCAACCCAUGGAUGUGCGCAGGAUGUCCCUAGAGUGCUUACAUCAGCUCACCACAACUGGGGAAAGGGAGCUGCUGUUGCAUCGGCGCAAUGUAUUGCGUGGCCUAACGCCGUGCCUUUGUGAUCGGAAGCGUGUUGUGCGCCAGGCAGCAGCACAGGCGUCGAGUGCUUGGCACAUGGUGGGACAAUCAAUUGGUGAAUGAUCAACUUGCAUGGGAGAGACAAAGCACAAACCAAGGUCUGAUAAGUAGGUUAAAAUGUUUUUUAUGUCAAUAGAAUCAUCUACAAAACAUGCUUCCACAGAGGCUCAAAUUGGAACUCGUUAGGGGUCAUACAGCAUUUUCACAGCAUAUGCAAAAUAAAGCACCUUUGUGAAAUAAUAUUAACAGACAAA